AUGUCGCUCAUAGCAAAUAAAUCGUGGUCCUCAUCAUCGGACUCAAACACCUCCUGGUUGAAGGACUUGAACUUCAAAAGCUCAGGGUUCACUGGACGGUUGCUGCUGUUUGUGGAGUUUGUAUUUGUGCGCUGCGAAGAGCUCGUGAGCCGGCGCAAACUGUUCUGGACAGUCGCAACAGCGGUUGCCGAUGCAGGAGGGGAAGAGUUUCGCCGUAGAAUGUGCGCCAAUGAGGAGUUGGAGGGAGAGCCCGAAGAAGCAUGGAACUUGCCGUACGAAACCGAAGGCGUCACCAUCGGAGCAGGAACCGACGUUUCUUGCACAGGCUGGUUUUGUAUGGUCGAGCCUAUCGACUUGGGUAGCGAAUCUCUAUUUUGCCUCAGCAUUGCCACCAAUGAAGCACUGGAAUUAGUUCUGUUCAGUGUCACAGGUAUAGGUUUGGAAGUGGUGAACGACGAAAUGCUUUGGUUGCCCAAUGUUGCACCAGGUGGAGGGGAUGACGAAGAAUUUAUUGACCCAACCUUGAAUAGUUGA